UUCCGCCGUAGUCUACAGAAAUCUACGCCUAGUUGAAGUUGUCUAAAGGAAUUGAGUUCAAGACAGUGCGCUUCAAGGUCGCAUAGGCCACUCACGCACCUGGGACACUAGCACCUUAUUGAUGCGUAUAAAACGGUGUUGUUGUUGGCGGUCCCUCGGCAUUCAUUCUCCGACUCCGACACGAACAGAAGUGAACAGUAGAGGCCUGGACUCGUUUUCUUUGUGAACGAAUCAAAAGGAAAGAAAUGAAGAAUCAGUUUGUUUUCUUCGCUGUUUUGCUGAUGAUGUUGGCGGCUAUUUGGAAUGGCGUUUCUUGCGAUGAAGGACAGCAAGGAGCAGCAGGGAGAUCCGAAGGUGGCGGUGAAGCCCAAGGAAGACAUUUGGGAGGGCUUCUAGGAAGUUUGAUUGGUGGAGCUGCUUACGGCUAUCCCGCUAAUUAUGGAUAUGGAGGAUACCCUCCGUUUUAUGGAUACAGCGGAUAUGCGCCUUACAGUGGCUACGGCGGCUAUGGCUAUCAGUCUUAUCCUUAUGGUGGCUAUGGUGGUUAUGCACCUUACGGCUACGGCGGGCCGUACUAUGGUUAAACCCUUUGGACCAUCAGUCUUCCAUCUGUAUUUAUAAAUGAAUUGACGUAAAAAAAAAUGCUGUUGCUCUUUUUCGUAACCUUUAAGAUAAAGCCCGGAUAGCGUCGUGCCCUUCUUAUUUUUGUAAGACCGCACUUGAUUUUAUACUAAUGAAAAUAUACAAAAAAGAAAAACAAA